GGGGGCCGGCGGGAUCGCCCCGCGCCUCGGCAGGCCCCGUCCCUCCGGGAAGUUCUCCCCGAGCUGGUCGCUGCCGACCCCGGCGGAGCCUGCGGGCCGAGCCGGCGGGUCGGCCGUGCCCCUUCCCCAGCGCCGGGCUGGCCCGCCCGCCGGGCUGCACCGUCCCGGGGACCCGCGGGCACCGGGACCCUGAGAAGGAAUUAAAAGUUAUUUCAGGAAUACGGAACACUUUAUAUUCAGGAAUACAAGAAAAACAACAAGGUGGAGUCAAGUACAUGCAGCAGCUUCAUGGGCUUGAAGGAUCAUCUGGGGCAUGACUUAGGCCACCUUUAUGUGGGGAGCACUGGCACACAAAUAAAUGCAAUUGUACCUUGGUCAAUGGUGGAGAAGCCAACAAUGGAUAAGGUUAAUUCUAGGAAAGAAGAUGUAGAAAAGGAGGCAUCUGAAGAGACUUCUGGAAGCUCCAGCUGUGACUCUGAAGAAAGCACAAAUUCUGAUAAUGAUUCAGAGAGACUGAAUAAUUCUGCAUCGGAGUCACAUUUAUUGCCUAAAACUCACCGAGAGCUGUGCCGAUCUCCUUGCUUAGAGCCUCAUAUACUAAAAAGAAAUGAAAUCUUGCAAGACUUUAGGAUAGAAGAGGCUCAGAUAGUACCUAAGGAAGUCAAAAAGCCCCCUGAUGUGGUGAAAGAAUAUCAAACCAAACUGGAGUUUGCACUUAAGCUGGGUUACUCUGAAGAGCAGGUUCAACUUGUACUCAAUAAACUUGGUACUGAUGCUUUAAUAAAUGAUAUUUUGGGAGAACUUGUCAAACUUGGGAAUAAAACUGAGACUGAUCAGACUGUAACUAAUGCUAACGCUAGUGUAAUACGUGAAGCGUCUUCCCUAGAGUCUCAGAGGUCAGAGUCUCCACUGCAGGAGGAUGUGACAGAGGAUGGUGACAACCUGAGGCCAAUAGUUAUUGAUGGCAGCAAUGUUGCAAUGAGCCACGGGAACAAAGAAGUAUUUUCUUGUCGAGGAAUCAAAUUGGCAGUAGACUGGUUUUUGGAAAGAGGCCACAAGGAUGUUACUGUGUUUGUGCCAGCAUGGAGGAAAGAACAGUCAAGACCUGAUGCUCUUAUAACAGAUCAAGAAAUCUUGCGUAAAUUAGAAAAGGAGAAGAUUCUUGUGUUCACACCAUCCCGGCGAGUGCAAGGGAGAAGGGUGGUGUGCUACGAUGACCGAUUUAUAGUGAAGUUGGCCUUUGAGUCAGAUGGCAUCAUUGUUUCUAAUGAUAAUUACAGGGAUCUAGCUAAUGAAAAGCCAGAAUGGAAGAAGUUCAUAGAUGAGCGCUUGUUGAUGUAUUCAUUUGUUAAUGACAAAUUUAUGCCUCCUGAUGAUCCUCUUGGCCGCCAUGGUCCAAGUCUGGACAAUUUUCUUAGGAAGAAGCCUAUUGUGCCAGAACAUAAGAAGCAACCGUGUCCCUAUGGGAAGAAAUGUACCUAUGGACACAAAUGCAAAUACUAUCAUCCAGAAAGAGGAAAUCAGCCUCAGCGAUCUGUAGCUGAUGAACUUCGUGCCAUGUCUAGAAGCACAGCUGCCAAAAGUACAAGUGAAGGAGGACUGGUAAAAAGCAAUAGUGUUCCCUGUAGCACUAAAAAUGAUAGCACUUCUGAGCUGAAGCGUGCUGCUCCAAAGAGGCAAUCGGAUCCUAGUAUAAGGACUCAAGUCUAUCAAGACUUAGAGGAAAAGCUUCCCACCAAAAACAAAUUGGAAACCAGGUCUGUACCUUCUUUAGUUAGUAUACCAAGUUCCUCUGCUGGAAAACCCCAAAGUACUGCACCUUUAACUAACGGCCUUCCAUCCGGAGUUCACUUCCCACCUCAGGAUCAAAGAUCACAGGGCCAGUAUCCUACAGUGAUGAUGGCAACCAAAAAUCAUGGAACGCCAAUGCCUUAUGACCAGUAUCCAAAAUGUGAGUCUCCGGUGGAUGUAGGGUAUUAUUCUAUGCUGAGUGCAUAUUCAAAUCUAAGUAUAUCUGGUCCACGUAGUCCCGAAAGGCGCUUCUCCUUGGACACAGAUUAUAGGAUUAGCUCUGUAGCUUCCGACUGCAGCAGUGAAGGGAGCGUUAGCUGUGGCAGUAGUGACUCCUACGUGGGUUACAGCGAUCGCUCUUACAUGAGUUCGCCUGACCCACAGCUGGAGGAGAACUUGAAGUGCCAACAUAUGCACCCACACGGCCGCCUUAACACUCAGCCCUUCCUACAGAGCUACCACGAGCCUCUCAUGCGAGUACAAAGCUAUAGUCACGAAGAACCAAAGCAUCACCACAAAUCUCCAAUUCCAUACAUGGCUGUGCAUCUGCAGCAUCCGACAGUCGGUGCUCGGUCCAGUUGUCCGAACGACUACUCCACAUCUCCGAGUUCACCACAUUCAAAGAGCAUGCACCUGGGGAGAGCCCUUGUGUCCACGAGAAUAGACAGCAUUUCAGACUCACGCUUGUAUGAUAAUUCUCCUCUAAGACACAGAAAGCCUUAUUCUGGCCAAGAUGGGCUCGGGGGCUGGGAUAGGCAGAGUUACGGGAUGGAUGCAUACGGCUACCGCCAAACCUACUCCUUGCCGAGUAACCCCACGCAGCCGUGUUAUGAGCAGUUUGCCUUCCAAAGCCUCCCUGAACAGCAGGACCAGACUUGGCGUGUACCUUACUGUGGAAUCCCUCAAGACCCUGCGAGGCACCAAGACACCCGCGAGAAGGUUUACAUUAACCUCUGCAACAUCUUCCCCCCUGAUCUGGUCAGGAUCGUCAUGAAGAAGAACCCUCACGUGACAGACGCUCAGCAGCUCGCUGCAGCCAUCUUAGUGGAAAAGUCUCAGCUAGGUUAUUGAGAGAUGAUGCAUCUUUGUGGUGUCUAGUAGUUUUCAGCUCAGCUCUAAGGCUGAGGGAGGUUUGCUACAAUAGCAUUUGUGAUCUCCUUCUCAGCAAGGAGGUUAUAUAGUAAUCCGUUUAUGUGAAAUACUGUAUCAUGGAGUCUGUGUGUAUAGCCCCAUGCAUUGGAAGUACCAGAUAAUGUUUUGUGUUCUAGUUUGAAAAUUUUUAAAUGGCUAUUUUCACAGCUGGAGGAUGUUCCAGUUUAAAUUAAUAUAUAUAUAUAUAUAUAUAUAAAAAUAAUCUGUGGUCUCUGGUUAUAAUCUUUGGUGCAUCAGGGGUUUAUAUGCAGCACUUUCUAUCCUUGUUACGUGUUGUUGGGAUUUUUGGUUUAGUUUUUUAACUUGCUGGAUGCUUGUCCUUGGGCUGUGAGGUAUUAAAACAACCUACAGAAAGAGGAUUUUUCCUAGUUCUGGCAAGCAAUUUUCAAGCGAAGUUUGUGAACUUUUUACAACACCAUAAGUAUGUCUGAUGUAUGUUUGUUUGGGUUUGUGAGCUUUUUUUUGUGCUGUAAUCAUCUCUUUAUAGAAAACAAAGAUUUACUACAGCACUGACUUCAUUUUUUUUUUUUAACAAAUAAUUAAGUUACCAGUUAACAGUGAAAUGGGUAACAAUAUAUUGGUAAUUUAUAGUAUGGCACUUUUCAUUAUUUUCUUUGUUUUGUUUAAAUAGUUACAUAUUUUGUUGAUGCAGUAGAUUAGUAAGAUCAGAUGCAAACAGAGGAGAAAAAAAUAUUUUUUUUUUUUACUAAUUUAUGGGUAUGGUAAAAGCCUUAUUGCCUGAUUUUCAAAGUUAAUGAGAAUUUGCUUCCCCCCUUGAAGGUAAGAGAAGCUGCAAAUGCUCAGAACCGCCCCGAAUCAGGCCACCCUGUAUCAGUUCCCCUGUGUUGUUACCCAGCUCUGUGUAUUUCUGGUCAGUAAAAGGGGACCUGAAAUCAUAGGGUCAUGUUUAGUUGUUUUAGAUGUUUUUUUCUUUGUAUUGCUGCAUAACUGUACUGGAUAAAAUAUGGUUUUUCAUAAAAUAUUUACCUGUUUUUAAAUGAAUUUAAUUAUCUCAAUGCAAGUUUUGUAUUUAAGAUACUGUUUGAUUUUUGUUGCUAUUUAUCAAGGCUGGCCUGAAAAGGUUUUGUGUGUUCAGGAUAUGCAACAUUUAUUAACUGCACUAUGGUAAUGAUAUUGUAGCUCAAAAUAAUAACUUAAACUUUUCUUUUUCCUUUCUGUUUCACUUGGGGAGGGUUGUGGGGAGAGAAGAUACCAUAUCUGUUCCUGAAAUUAGUUUUUCGCCUUUUGCAUCAUGUAGGCCUGAUUCUUGCCACAAAUAGUGUAGUUUUAGAAACGGAUAAACCAAGUCUGUUUUAGCAUUAGUAAGGGAUUUUCUGGUUUUAAAUCAUGGGUUUUACUAGCACCUCAUCAUAACCUUACAUAUAUAUAUAUAAAUAAAAUAAGUAGAUAUUGCAAUUGAUGUCAGAUGUACUUACAUGACAUGAUCAGUUGCUGACAGUUUAGGUUUUCAUCCACUAUAACAAUGUUCAGUAUUAAAAAAAAGUCACUAGUUUACACUAUUACAGCUGAUAGUUUUGAUACACUUGCUGGAAUUUUAAGUAAGGCCCUGAAGAACCAGAAAGUACCUUUUACUGUUGAUACAAAUUGUAUCUUUUUAACUGAGAACUAUUUUGAUUUUUAGAUUUAGUAGAAACACAAAUGUAUAAUUAUAACUAGUCUUUUGGGCAACAUUUUAUCCCUUAUUUAAAAAUUAGAGAUUUCAGACAUAGGAUAGACUUAGGCAAGUAACAGUAGAUAUUCGUUUAGGUGUCUGUCUCAAUUCCACAUAUAAAAAACUAUUGGCAUCUUCCUUCUAAAAUCUUUGUAGUGGGAACCCACUAAAAUAAAGGUAAAAUGCUGCCUGAAAAUGAUGUCCAAGCACCUUUGAAUACGAAGACGUUUUCGCUACUUGUGCGACACCAUGUGUUGCAGCAAGUAGAGUUUGGGUAUACAGUAAAUGCUUCUAAAGAGCAUUGUGCUAUAGAAAUAUCCAAUAAUCUGAACCAUGUUCAGCAAACCAAUUCAGGACGUAGUGCUCCUGCAGCUCCCACUGCUGGUGUUCUGCAGGUUCUGCCAUUGCCCGUCCCUGCGGCAAUACCGGAGGGGCUCUCCACCAUCUGUCCUGUGUUGUCUGGUUAGGGAGAAGACCUCUUCACCUGUGGCAACAGUUUUUCCCUGGAUUUGGUUGGUCACCAUCUGUAGAGCAUGUUUUAAAGUAGAGAUCGAUGCAGCCCUGAUGCUGAGGUUUGGACUGGGAAAUGGGUCUCAUCUUAGUUGUACACUAAGAUUUUUUUAAAUGGAAUUACACUGAAGUACUACACCGUAGUGUAGAUACAGCUGUUUUAAUAAUGAAAUUAUUAUAUUUGUGUUUGAAAUGGGUUUCUACCUUUGUUUUUUAUGUAGGGAUUUACUUCUGCCAAAAGUUCAAUUCCUUUAAGCAUGAACAAAAACAUGUGCAUAUAAUGGAAGUGUUUUGUCUUUUUCCCUAUCAUGGGAGCAUCAGAAUGCUUCCUACCAUGUACAUGUGGCAGUCUGGCCCAGAGCACUGGACCAGCAGGCUUCGCCACGUUGUGAUAAUGGGGCAAGGAGGCGCGUGGGACCGUGUGUGCUGUGCCCGGACCUGAGUUGUCAGUACCAACUGCCUCUGCGUACGCUCAAUGCAGUAUUGAAUCCCCAAAAGUGUGUUGAUUGCUAGAGAAUUCUUGUAACAGAUUCUGUACUUUGUGCUCAAGCAGUGAAAACGCGUUAAAAAUGUAAGAGUAGGAGUGAUUUGGUGGGUUUAAUGUUGUGCUAGUUCCCCUUAGACUCUCUUAUGUUGGAUAAAGCAAAUUUACUGUGACAAAAUAUACUUCCUUUUGUUUAGCUGAGAUAACAGAUCAAGGAGUUGCGUGUGAAUUCCUCCACGAUGAGGAGAUCAGUCCUCUUUCAAAAAGGACACCAGUAACAAACAUGGACACAAUUAUACUGGUCAGGUUCUACCUUUGUCUGUAUCAUUGCACUGAUGCAAAUAACUGACCUGUAAUGUCCCAUGAUACUUAAAAUAGUAAAGGUAGUUCAGUGAUACUGUCUUUGUGCCAGCUGAGUUGUGGAGGUGCAGUGAAGGAUUAAGUACCUUCAAGUUAGGGCAGUCCCUCUGCUAAGAAGAGGGCAACACGUUCCCUUGUCUUCAGUACUUGAGAGUUGUUUUGAUACUUAGCAGAAACUCUGUAUUUUUAGAUAAAAUCCCAAGCUGUUGUAGCUACAUCAGUAAUAGUAUAUAGAUACACGGUAUUUUGAAUACACAUACAUUACACAUCUGCCUACAACUGUUUUCUAUACAACAACUUGUUGCCAAUAUUUAGAGUUUUUAAAUAUGUCCUGUAGAUAAUUAACUUUGAGCUAAACAUGCCUAGGCUAUGGAAGUAUUAAUCACUUUGUUGUCUUUUAUUUUUUAAAAUAUGUGUGUGGACUCACAUAUAUAUAUCUAUUUGUAUAUAUACACACAUAUAUUUGGCAAGUGGGUUUAAGAUACUGCUAAUGGUCUGAAGAUCAAAUCUUUUCAGGUGUCCCAUUUUAUUUGGUAUGUUUGAGUUGUAGCUUGGUCCUCCAGUGCAGAAUAGCUCUGGGGAGAGCCAAAAGCCUGAUGCGUUCAUGUGACACCCCAAAAAGAAGGCGUGCCAGUCUGGUGAAGCCCUCAAAGGAGACUUUAGCAGCCUUCGAGGAUGUUGGACUGUUGUUGAGCUGUUGAUGAACUUCUACUGGGAAAGUUGUGGCUCAUGGAGAACACCUUUCCAAAAAUAUCAAAGCUGUUGCUGUAAACCAGAGUACCUCACUUGGAACGGGAAGCUGGGGGUGUUUGCCCAGCAAGGGGAGCACCAGAGGACUAAAUGCCUUGGGUGAGAGAUACCACAGCAUCUUGCCACAGUAAGACACUACCAAAAUAUUUAUCAGUUUUAUCAGUUGAUGAGUUUGACCGAGGUAUUUUCAAUGUGUAAAGCUUGAAAAAUGAGACACAAUGCUUUCCUACUCUCUGGAGCAUUUAGAAAAAUACCCAAAUGACUUUUCAUUGCUACUGAAAAUUUAAAAUACUGUGCAAUUAAAGAGACCUUUUUUUUUUUAUAAAAAUAACUUGGAAAUUAUUUAUUUUUAUUUACAGUGUGACUUGAUAAUUUAUUCCUGGCAUUAUAAGGCCAUGGUGGAGUGCUGUUUGUUGCGGUUUUUUUAUCGUAGGAACUAAAACUGCUGAAAAGAAAAACCAGUAGAUUUAAAAUUAAAACCCUAUGGCCUUGUUCUGUUUUUUAUAAAAGGGCUGAGGUUUUAUAAAUGUAAAAUCAUGUGUUUUAUAUACUUCAUAAAUUUUAGAGAGGCAUAGUUUAAGAAUUUUCUUCAAAUUAAAUAUGUAUGGGCACAUUGUUUAAUCAUCUGUAUGAAAUGGUUGUUCCAGAUAACCUUUUGCUCAGUAACAUGAGAGAUGUUCAGACUUCAUCUUCAGUUGUUCUAGAAUACAUUUCAUACAUCUUAAGGUUUCAUCAGAAACUGAUGAUCUAGGCACCUAAUCCCAUGGGAAAUGUUCCUUUGGUGUGAAACAUCCUACUGUAUGCUGGGUUUUACUUCAUGUGCAGUAUAAGGUAAUUUACUGAUACACAUGGACUAUAAGUAAGUGUUUAUAAAGGCACUACCGAAUACAGUGUGUGGUUCAUAGUUAAGAGUGUGCUUUAAAUAAUUUAUCAGCUUCCAUUUGCAGGUCUUAAGGGGUUGCCAUAACUUGCACUUGAAGUGUUUAUUAUUCUAUCUACCCUUUAACCUAAAUGAUUGCAAUAGUUCUCAUUCCCUCUCACACUAAAUAGCCCUUGGAGGGCCCAGUCUCCUGAACACAGACAGCUGACUUCAACAGAAGUACUUACAUGGGCCAAAUCUACUGACGUUAGAGAAGAACUGAGUAAAACUGGCGUGUGUGUAAGUGCAAGAGGGCUGGGGCCUUGAGGAGCACAGCUGGAGAGCCACCUCCUCCCAAACAGAGGUGAGAUCUCCCUGGUGCUGACAGGUCACUCGGCCAGGAUUGCCCUUUGCGGUUGUCGGGAACAACUACAAACCCAAUUUCCUGAGCUGUUUAAGCACAUCUAUUCUCAGUGUUUCAAAGUAUAACGGUCUACUCUUAGCCUUAUGAAACAAAACCUCUCUGCUUUUUCUAGAACAGUCCAUUAUCUUUUGGUCUCAGAUGAAGUCUAAUUUACCAUGUUAGUUUGGCUGGUUGGUUAAUUUCUAUUAAAAUAUCAGUUUCAUUAAGAAUGUCAUUCAGAUAAAAACCAUUUUCCCAGCAUACUAGAGUAUCCUGCAAGGAAACAAAUGCAGAUACAGCAGCAAUAAUUGUGUUUUGGAGUUCUUUUCCCACUCAUUAUCUCUGUACUUGUGUUGAGUAGGUGAGAUUUUAAUACUGUCCUGAAGUCCACUCUGACAAAACCAUUAGUUAAAAAUAAUGUUUGGGCUACUUGAUAAAGCAGUUGUCAAACUGGCUCUUUGUUCCUUCACUGGUUGUUCUGUAUUAUUUCUGUGAUGUGACUAUUCACAUCUUAAAACCACCUUUAAACCAUACAAAAAACCCUGUACAUGGAUUCUGCUUUUAGAGAAAAAAAAAUAAAGAUUCA